AUGUCUUCGAUAGACAGCCAACCCGCUGUUGCGGGCUCAAACGUCGCUACCCCAACAAACUCAACUCCCUCACCAUCUAUGACGAGCCCUGCGGCUUCUGCUCCUUCGAGUUCUGCGUCCCGCCGGCCGCCGCGUAAGAGCACACUGACCCAGCAGCAGAAGAAUCAAAAGCGCCAACGCGCAACACAGGACCAGCUGGUCACCCUGGAACAGGAGUUUAACAAGAACCCAACCCCGACUGCGGCAGUCCGCGAACGAAUCGCUCAGGAGAUUAACAUGACCGAAAGAUCAGUACAAAUCUGGUUCCAGAACCGACGCGCCAAAAUCAAGAUGAUUGCUAAGAAGAGCAUCGAGACUGGCGAAGACUGCGAUUCCAUUCCAGAUUCAAUGCGGCAAUACCUGGCGAUGCAUUUCGACCCACACAAACCCGGUGCUAGGGAAUUAUUUGGACGACCCAAUGGACUCGGUGGACUAAGUAACGGUUACGGCAUGGAAACCACCCCUGGAAAGAUCGUCAUUCAGCACUUCACGUGUCGUACCCUGAGCAUCGGUAGCUGGCGACGCAUUGGACAAAAUGCCAUGGAUUUGGUCAUCUUCUACUCGCCGGAUAAGGCUACUAUGACUUAUUACAUCAACAAUGAUUCCGCCGGGUACAAGAUUGAAUAUCCGUUCUCGUAUAUUAAAAGCGUCAUGCUAGACAACGGCGACUUGACUCCGAAUGCCAACGGUAUGCCCACGCGACCAGGUGGUUUGGUCAUUGAACUGAACCGGCCUCCUAUCUUUUGGAUGGAUUGUUCGAACUCGGGUGGAUUCUUCCAAUGCGGCGAUUUCACAGAAGACCAGCAAGCCAGUCGCGUCAUGACCCACCAUCUUGGCGGUCAUCCCAAGGUUCUAAGUGGGCAUAUACCCUGA